AGUUGUUAAGUACUUAAGAUAGUAUUUCGUUUUUAUAAUUAAUUAUAUACGUGUUCUAAUACCGUAAAAUAAUUUAAGUAACAAUUAUCAUUAACCACCACAAUGCAUAAUUAUGAAUAAUUAUUGCGCAUGACACUAAAAUGAAGGUCAAUGCGCAUAGUCAAAACAUUGCGCAUUUCGGGGCCAGCUACUAACCUCCCCAGAGUUGAUCGACCAGCGACGGUACUGUCAGUGCAACCCAUUUGUUACGUUUCUCACAAAUUGUGCUAUAAUUUAGUGCCUAGUUGGUGUAUAAGGCGAUUUCGAUCGCUAUUUGUUUUAUUUAGGUGCUAUAGAAAAUAAAAUAACAGGAUGCCUUCAGCAGCGCCACCAGCGGAAAAUGGCGCGCCGCGCAGCGAACUCGAACAACUCCAGAUGCGCGCUGGACAAGUCACCGAUGAGUCGUUGGAGUCCACACGGCGCAUGAUGCAACUAUGUGAAGAGAGCAAGGAGGCCGGCAUUCGUACUCUGGUCGCUCUAGACGACCAGGGAGAGCAAUUGGACAGAAUCGAGGAGGGUAUGGACCAGAUCAAUGCGGACAUGCGCGAAGCGGAGAAGAAUCUCUCAGGAAUGGAGAAAUGUUGUGGCAUCUGUGUUCUACCAUGCAACAAGGGUGCAUCCUUCAAGGAAGACGACGGCACGUGGAAAGGCAACGAUGACGGGAAGGUGGUCAACAACCAGCCACAGCGGGUGAUGGACGAGCGCAAUGGUAUAGGACCGCAAGCCGGAUACAUAGGCAGAAUAACAAAUGACGCCCGCGAGGACGAGAUGGAAGAGAACAUGGGCCAAGUGAACACGAUGAUCGGCAACUUGCGCAACAUGGCGCUCGACAUGGGCUCCGAACUCGAGAACCAGAACCGACAGAUCGACCGUAUCAACCGCAAGGGCGAAUCGAAUGAAACGAGGAUAACGCUGGCGAACCAGCGCGCGCACGAGCUCCUCAAGUAAACGUCGGCGGCAUUCACACCAACACACAAACACACACACGCGCGGUCUCGUGGUCGCUGUCGGCGCAGGCGCCGCCGGUUGCGGACACCAACUUAAUUAUAGCGAAUCUACAACUGAGGCUUAGACAUUGCAACCCGAAGCGAAAUAAAGACAUCUCUAACACAAAUUAAUAUAAAAUCACAGUUUAAAGUCAAAUAUAAACCACUAUUUAUAUUGGACUUUUUAAAUAAAAUUCUCAUUUCAUCUUACAAAAAUUUCCUGUUACAAUAUUUUAGUAUUUUGUACAUCUGUCCUAAUAACGUUUAAACUAAAUGUCUACUUAUGCCUACUUUUAUAUAAUUGUGACACGCUUCCCAUGGUUCUGCAACCGGCGAUAACUAUUUAUCUUUCCAAUAUUUUGCUUAGUGUUUCUCGUAUCCAGAGAAACGAGUACAUAUAUCGAAAUAUAACCUUAAGAUCUUGAUGUAUUCGCGUACUGUAUUAAGUGAACACUACCUUAACGUGUAAAAUAUUACCCUGUCCGUACUAUACUACCAUCAAAAGCUCAAAAUGUUGAAAGUAAAAAAAUAUAUAUUUUAUACACAACGUACUUUUACGUGCUUCACUUGCAUAAACGUAAUACCUGUUAUUGGGGUCGAUUCUGAAGUACCACUUCACUAAAUCUAUCUUUAUAAUAAAGUUUCAAUUUGAUAUCACAAUGAAAACAUUUACAGAACCAUUAAUGAAGUAAGUUUCUUAAAAGAUUUAAGUUAUUAUAUUUAUAUAUUUUUUUAGUAUAUGAUGGUUUAUAAAACAGUCAAAUUGAAAUAUUUGAUUAAGUGAUAGGUUUACAAUGUUAGCGGCUCAGAAUCGACCCCAUUGUUGUUUUCCGUCUCACACGUAAUCGUGCGUUUUAUAUAAAAUUAAAUCUUAAAAUAGUCUUUUGGUGCUCAUUUUUUGCAGUAGGCCAUUUGAAAUUGCAAAAUUAUCAAAUAAUCGCACUAUGUAAUUAUGUUAUUAAAUCGAAUGUCUUAAAUAACAUUCUGUAGGUGGUUAGGUAAUUAUUGUGUAAGGAUCGAUGAUUAAAUGUGAAUCAUUGAUAAGGAUGGCUUCCUUGCUAUUUUGUACGCAACGUCUCGAUUUCCCGUCAAAUUCUGUGAUUUUCCAUUACUAUCGGCAUUUUACUUAAGACAUUUUUUCAAAAUGUAUUCUGAAAUUAAUAGCUAUCAUUUUAUCUAGACUUCAUUAUAAACAAUAAUCCUUAUAAGUUUAAAGUUUUUGUGAAGACUAUUGAAAACAAAACUUGAUAGCGAAAUUGUCUUAUAACUUCUGCAAACAUAAUAAUUAGGUUUUAUGUUUAUAAAUGUUAAAUUUCUAGCUAAACUAUAACUUUAAAACUAUAACUGUUAAAUUUCUAGCUCUGACUUCCACGAGACAGGCAUUGCCUAGUGUGGGGUCAUAGUUAUAUUGUACUACAGGCUAACUUUGUUUAAGAAAAUAAAAUUUAUUAUUAUAUGACUAUAAGCUACGUUUUGAAAUAAUGUCCUAUGUAAAUGUCAAUGAAAAAGCGAACAAUUUGACAGUAGAUUAUAAACUUGCAAUUGUUAGCGAGGUGGCCUUUAAAACGGGCAAACCCAUUAUUUUGAGAAUACACAUUUUACCCCUUGUUAACAUGUAGUGUUACUGUUACUGUUGCUAGAAAAAAAAAAAAGAAUAUUGAGAUAACGUUCAUGCAAAGUUUUUAAUGAUUAAAUUUUCACUGCAUUUUUUAAUUCUAGUAGGUUGUUUUUUAUAAACCAAUUGGUCGAUAAGUGUUGGAUUGGUCGUAUCGAGGUGAACGAUAAAAACACAUAACUAUUUCUGUUAAAAUACAUAAUUGAAAGCUGCCCACUUAAUAGCUAUGUUACAUAUUGAAUAUACUAAAGUUUUAAGUAUAAAGAGAAAACUAUAGGCUGUUUUUAAUCCGUAUCUCGUGACAAUGACACUAAAUACUUUAUUUUAGAGGCGGACGUUUAUGUGGGAUUUUUGGAUGGACCGAUAGGAAUGAGUUGAUAUGUGAUAAUAGUUCGAAACUAAGGAUUAGUAUUUAGCCAUUCAAGUCUUCGUGGAAUCUAAUAAAAAUCUGAAUGCAUUAGAUCUCAUUUUUUAUUUCUAAUACUGUUCUCAUAGGAGCAUGUAUGCAUGCAAAUUUAUAUAACGGGGAACACAACUAAAUUUCAAAUUGUUUUAAUUUAUUCAAAUAGAUUUAUAAAAAAAAGAAAAUAAUAUCAAUGAGUACUUAUUAUUCCAUUCAUAAUAUAGGUACUUAAUAUUAUAUACUUUAUAUAAUAUCAUUGAUUUUAUUAAAAACAAAAUAUCGAUAAGUAAAAUAUAAAAGGUUCAUAAAAAUACCGAACCUUUCUUGUACAUAUCCCUAAUCGCAUACAUAUCUGCUUCUAUGGACAUAGUAUUCGCUAAAUAUUUAUAUCUAGUAAUAAAAAUAUAGCUUCUUAACUUAGCGAUAAAUAUAUUUAAUUAAUAUAAAUUUAGAAUUCUUAUUUAUUUUGAAAAAAAGAAUAAACAAUUUAAUUUUCAAUAUUUAUUUUAUUAUUUUCCCUUACAGCUUUAAUUUCUCUUGUUUUGAUAAUUGAGACCAAAAUUAUUUAGAGAAUUUGGAUUCGAUGCACCAAUGGAACGUUUUGAUAAGAAUAAUGAAUGAAAUUAAAUAUUCAAAUCGUUACACUACAACAAUUUAUAUCGCUAGUAUAAGGUUAAUAUUAUUAUGAUAGAAAGUAAAUACUCCAACUAUAUUGUAGAUAUGUACGAGAUACGAAGUAAUUAAUGAUAGAUAACGUAUAUUGCACUACGCAACAAAGUAAACGAGACUAAAAUGGCAUUAUACUUUAAGUAAUAAAUAAAUAUGCAAAUGUUAGCACCGUUUCCUAUUAUAAUGUCGCAAUUUCACCUCAAUACCUGUUCUUGAUUAAUUGUAAAUUAGAGCAUUUAUGGUGCAUUGUAAAGUAGGAUAUUUAUUAUUUUAUUUCUUAAAAAAUAAUUUAUAUAAAAACAAUUUACAACUGUCUAAAAACUUCAAAAUUUAACUUACAUAAUGACUAGCUACAGAAAAACAAAACUUUGUUUAUUAAAUCAUCAUUAACUCGCUUAGAAUUUAUAUUAUCAUUGGGACAAGUCAAAUAGAUCGAUUAUCGAAUUUCACAAAAACUUAUGCAAAACGUUAUAAGUUUUUAGUUCGGUCAGAUUAAGCAUCAACUAAACCCCAAUAUGACAGUUGUAUACGUACUAGUAGCCACGAGACUGGCACAUAUCAACACACGCACACAGACACAACACGUCGGUGGUAACUGGUGAGAGCAACGAGACACGCAUAGCGGUCGCGAACCAGCGGGCUAACAAACUCCUCAAGUCCUAAGCGCCGACAAAUUGCGAUACUAAAUAGCUAAGUAUUAUUUUCCUUCUUCGUUCUGUUGCCAAUAUAGUCGACUAGCUUGUGAUUGCCUGCGGGGUGGCGUAGGGCGUAGGUCGUUCCCGGAAAACACCGGCGUGACCCGGUGCUGGCAACGUGCCGACUAUAGCGAAAUUAAGAUUAUAAGUUCCUGGUACUCUCGAUUCUCAACCUAUAUACAGUGUGGUACUAGGAAUAUUUCCAGUAUGAGAACGUUAUUUAUGGUAGGUAAUAAUUGCAUUUUUGCCAAUUUAGUAGGUAAAUUGUGUUAUAGCUUUGAAUUAAAGUGUCUAUAGAAUAAUAUAUUAUCCAAAUAAUUCAUGUACUAUAUGUACACAGGAGUAAAAUAUGUCAGAAUAUACCUACUCAGAAUCUGCUAAAAUACCACAUGAUAUUUAGAAAAAAAAUACAUAAUGGGAAGUAGCAGUACGGGUACCAAGUUGAACCAGCUACCGAGAGUCAAAAUAUAUUAGGAACCACACUAGUUCUAUAAGCUCAAGUAGUAUCAUGCUAAAACUCUUACCAGGUUGAAUGCACUUGGGCUAAGCAUUUAGUAAAUGGAUAACGAGAAAUUUGUAAAUGUUAGAGAGUUGUAAAUGUCGAAAUGUUAAAUGUGAAGAUGUUACUGUUUUAAGGCUGUGGUUGUUUUAGCUUAUGUGAAUAAGGGCAGUGCACAAUAGAAGGUUCUAGAAUCUUGCAUCACGACAUGCCUCACCCCGCGGGCAUAAAACAUUACGAAAAAUUUGUCCAACGUUUGUCUCUAUUAUUAAUAUUUAAAAUGUAUAAUCACAAAGCAUUUAAAGACUUCGUACGCUAUAAUUUCUUUGUUAAAUGUUAAUUAGUCAAAAUUUUAAUAAAUAACGUUGAAUGUAUCAUAUUACGUACAAUUGAUAUAUUUAAUAUAGAAGGCAAUAAGUAUCAAAAUAAUAAAAACCUAAUUUGACCUAUCGAUUUACGAGUCAAAAAGGCUAUCGCGUUGAUUGCAGUAUAAAUUUUAUUAUUAUAUGUUGGCUUGGAAUUUCGUGGUGUUUACAUAUCCGAGAUAUUAAUUUGUGCCUAACAGAACAUAUGCAUUGGAGUCGACACUAAAACGCCGUACUCUAUAUCUAUCAAAUUUCUACUUCAUAUAACAAACGGUACGAACUAAAUUCAUUGUAAAUUGAGUUAUAAGUACAUGAGAUUUAGUUCUUUUUUAUUUUUAACAUCAAACUUUCAUUAAAAUAUCACUUUAAAAUUUUAAAACAUGGUUCUACAGUAUCGACUCCAAUGACUACGUUCGAUUAGAUAUAAUUGUUCUAAUUUAUAUUUACGGGUGAGUACAGUAUAUUACAUUAAUAUUGAUAUGUCGAGCUAAGAAUAAGAGAUAUGUUUGUUACAAUAAAAUCUGUUUAGAAUUAGUACGUUAUCUAAACAUUAUAGAGCAAGAUCAUGUCUUCCCUACGUAUUAACUAACACAGACAUAUUGCUCUUUGCCUUAUUGCUUGCAUAAUUCCUCGUCAAAAGUUCCAAUAUAAUAUACAAUCAUUAAUAUUGCUAGUCAUUUCAAUUAAGAACCAAUUUAUUAAACACUGUACUUACCCCUAUUUUAAUACUUGUGUUAAUUUAUUUCUUAUUUUAAAUUAUUCUUGUGCUAGUCUAUGUAAAUAUUUAUUUAAACAAACGAAGUAUGAAAUGAGAUCUCGCACAUUUUCGUCGAAAUGGAAAAUAUUUUCUUCUGGCAAUUAAUUUUGAGUAAUGUGCCAAAAUUCUCACAUUUCUAUAGAGUGAGAGACAUAUUGAUUUCUAUAUCACUUGUAUUAUUUUAAAUCGUAUAUCACUACACUUUCAUGCACUUGGUUUUAUAUACAUUCUAAUAAUUAGGUGAUAGCUUUUAUAAAGUUGUUUUGCACGUAAGUGUAAGGUAUGGGUAUCGAAAGAAAAGUACAUACACAUAAGCUGCAGUGAUCUAUUCACGCUCAACAACUAUAAUCUGCAUUCUCAUUAAUUAUAACGUUUAAUCUACGAUCAUAUAAUCGAUUAUAUGCAAUCACAAUACUUACUGUUUUCAUUAAUUAUAUGAAGGUUAAAUUUUAGCGAUUUAAUAUUGGAUAACUAUUGAAAUAUAUAAUUUAUAUUAAAAAAAAUUCUGUAUUUAAUAACUUCCACGUUUAGACAUGUUACCGAGAACUUCACAGUUAGAUUAAGACGAUUGUGCCUGGAUUACUGUUUCAUUGAAAUUGUUUAGAGAAUAUAAUUAUUCACGAUGCAUUUAGUAUUCAUAAGUUACAUAUAUUAAACGCUUCUCAGUAGGUUCCUUUUGUAAUUUAUCGCGUGUAGGCUCAUUCGCCGGCCAAUUGGAGUUAGGGUGACAGCACUCGGGCCGUGUAUGGCCCUGCAAUAAUACAAAUAAAUAAUCUAUAAAUGUUAUAGGCUUUGAAGCCGCGCAUACGUCUCAAUCGAUAUAUAGAUAUACUAGUGACAAAUGUGAUUACAAAACAUGCAAUAGACAUUAUAAUAGUUGAAUAUUUAAAACUUUAUUACUUAAAGUGUAUUGUAAGUACGAUGAAUAAAGUGUACCGGCCUUUAGGAGUAAUGAACGUAGGAAUGUUACGGCAGCGGCUUGACAAAUUAUACUAUAUUCGUGUACCAGUUAGUUAAGAGUUUUCGAAAUUUUCUCUAUGUCUUUUCUCUCGAUUAUAUUAGUUAAGUCAUAACCCGUGUCCACCGCGCGGCAAUUUACCUAAAUAAAUAUUUUUAAUAAUAACAUAUUUUAAACAGUGUUGUCUUGUAACCAUAUAGAGAUUGUUUUGUAAAGGCUAAACAAAUAUCCAAUAUAGUUGUAUAAAUUUACCGCCUGCAUAACAUGUAUCUGUUUUUAUUCAGCAUAAAAUUGACUAAUACAUAGGAUAAAAUAAUUAUAUCUAUUUUCUUUAAGAAUAGAUUAUAAUAUACGUAACGAAUAGCAUAAAAUGUUAAUUUCUAAUUACAUUAUUGAUUUGUUAAAGUAUA